AUGGAUGACGCGUCCAACUGGGCCGCAGUUCACGCCCGCAGGCCUCCACGGUUUGUGGACCCAGUCGACCACAUCUGCUUCGCCUGCGGUGGCCGCGGCCACUUCUCACAGGACUGCAUCGAAGCGAGCGACGGCACGACAAGUGCUGCACCUCACCAAGCCAUGAUCCAUCCAAGCCGGCUCGGCCAGAUCGAGGACGACCUUCCGAACAGCAUCUGCUCUGCCUGCGGCGGACUGGGCCAUCUGUCCGAAGACUGCACCCCGCGAAAUGGCUCGGAUCCCCAGCUCAUCCCACCUGGCAAAGGAGCCAACGCCGAGCCUCUCGGAAGCAACGCGAAACGGCGUCACGUCAGCCAGCCCACGAAAGAGCCUCACAAGCGACAGAAGCAACAGCAGCCUCGUCCCGAGCCAGCUCCAGGCUUCCAGCCCGAGAAUGGGCCAGCUCUGCCUUCUCCUAGCAGCGUUCGGCAGCCAUGGCAGCCGUAUGAGCCGAUGCUCAUCAAGCACGAAGAGCAUCUGGGAAGCGGCCAAGUCCAGCCUUCCACAGAUCCAUCGCUUCGACCGUUGUACAGCUACCCGCGAAAGUACUCGAACUUCCAGAAGCUGGCACCUGCCAACGAUCCCGAACUUCUCCAGUACCUCUCUAGCCGUCGCAUUGCGAAAACCUUCCUCGUUGAGAUCGACCUGCUCCUCGCUAGCCAUCCCGAGCUCCUUCACGAUGCACGUGAGUUCGCCCUUGAGUUUAACCGCGGCAGUCCUCUUCAAGCAUACAAAUUCUUCAUCAAGGGAUACACCAAGCCCGCUCGCUACGAGCCCGGCGCGCUUCCUGAACAGGAGUAUGACCUGCGUACGAUGCUGCCGUACACCCUCACAAGCUCUUUGUCAAAGAAAUUCGAUGAGGAACUCAGCGCCUUCUUCGACGGGUACCAAUACCGCGUAGACAUCCUCCAACGCAUCGACAAGGAAGCCGAGACAUACCGGCGCGACUUCCUCGACAACCGCUCCGUGUCAGCCGGGCAGCGAAAGCUGAUGACCUACACGCUGUUCGGCAACCCCGUCGACGCGUACAAGUUCUACGAGUACAACUUCCAAACCGAGUGGCUGCCCCAUCGGUACCUCCCCGAGCACGUCGUCUUUGCCGAAGUAAGUAAGCCGGACGACUACGCCCUCCCCAUCCCACACGUCAUGGCUCGCGAGGGCGAGAUUCCUGAGCAUCGCCGGCUGUGGAAGGAGACGCGGCUGCGAAUGGCGAGGGCGGCGGAUGCGGGCGUCGACGUUAUCGACGUGCUGCUCGACGAGCUGGUGCAUAGGCUGGCUUGUGAUGGUAUGAAGAGGGUUGAGAUUGAGGAGAUGAGGAAGAGAGCCGUCAAGGCGAUGAAUAGGGCACGGGAUGAGGGCAGCAGGGAAGAUAUCGUCGAUCUGGUUAUGGGUAUGUCGGUGGAUCCUGCUAGGCACUUGCACAACCAUGGCUUGAGGAAUGGCCGUCCGUAUCUGAGGCCGACGACUUCACGGAUGGUGCGCGACGAGGUGACUCGGCUUGCGGCGGCGCCUCAGCGGAGAGACUCGUUCACGGUCGACUCGGAUGAUGGAUCAGUGUGUGGUGUAAGGUUGCCACGCCGUUAUUAG